UCAAUGCAAAAUACUCUCUAGCCCUAGACGUUGUGGCGCCCAAAUUCGAAUAGAGGGAUAACAAAAAUAGUAAUCGUAUCUUUAAAACUUAUACGCGAGAGACUUAUUUUCUCAUUGUACCUUUCAGUAAAAUAAUCCAACACACGAUGACUGUUCUUGAAGAUUCAAUUUUUCUUUAUACUUGUGUUGGUUUAUGGAGACCAGACACAUGGACCGGGUUAAAAGCGAAUCUUUACAACUUUUACACGUUCUGUGUCCUAUUUAUAAAUGGCUCCUUUUUUAUAAGUAUCAUUACGGAUGUUGAUCUUAACCAUUUUGACUUUCUUGGCUCAAUGGAUUUCAUCACAUUAAUAUUGCAAGUCGUUGAAAACAUACCGAAGAUGCUUUGUGUCAUAAAUAAUCGUAAUAUUGUGUUAGAGGUACUAGAAUAUUUUCAAAGUAAUUUAUUGGAUCCAAAAAAUGACAAUGAAAAGUUGAUUCAUCGAAAAUUUGAUAAUCUGAGUAGACGUGCCAAUUUGUGGCUCACGGUGACAGGAUUCACAUCAAUAACAUGGUACAAUUAUAAUCACAUUAUGCAAAUGGAACCACUGACAGUAUUGCCCUAUGGCGGGAAAAUACCAUAUAAUUACUCAAGUAAUAGAAAAAUUUAUUUACUGACUGCUGUAAAUCAAAUCUAUUCUGUAUUUAGUCUUGCAAGUAUAAAUGCUGCAUUCAAUACAUUAUUUAUAACUAUGAUGCUUCAAAUAAGCGCAAAACUUAAUGUUCUUGAAUAUCGUUUUAAAAUUAUGUUGAAAAAACUCGAGUGUGAUAAAAAUAAUAAUAGUCAGAAAUUCGGUGAAAGAAUUUUUUAUGAAAUGAAAAGUAAUUUAAUCGGCAAUUGGGUUGAAAAUCAUAUUAAACUUAUAAAUUUAUUUGAUUCUGUUAAUUCAGUAUUUUCAAAAGCAAUAUAUGUUCACUACAUUCUUAAUUCAUUUUUACUAUGUACUAUUGCAUAUAUAUUUUCUCAUACUCCGUUCGGUGAUAUGAUUUCUAUCAGUUACUUGAUUUAUUUUACUGUCAAAUGUACACAACAAUAUUUACAAUGUGUUUCCGCUCAUCAAGUCACAAUUGAGGCUGAAAAUCUUCGUGAUACUAUUUUUGAUACCAACUGGUAUAACACCAAAACAGCUGUUCAAAAAUCAAUAAUUAUAAUAAUGUCAAAAACAAUUAUACCAGUGGUUUUUAUUUCCGAAUAUUUUGUUGAAUUGUCUAUAGAUUCAUUCAAAAAAGUAAUGAAGUUAUCAUAUACUAUUUACAACGUACUCGAAUAGCGAUAUUAAUAUUUCCGAAACAAAUAACUAUGCUGUUGAAUAUAGUGAUGAAUCUUUUAUUGAUUGACAAAUAUGUAUUAAAGUUUAAAAGUUAUUGUUAUAUUUUAUAUAUAUACGUUACGGAUCUGCAAACAAUUUGAACUUAGAAAUUAUGCAUACAUGGAAAAAAAUAAAUAGGCGCUGCAACAGGACGCAGUCCUGUGGGAGCAGGAAAUGAAAUUUUAAAUUUUAUUAUACUGACAAAAAACAUUGGUACAUGAAACUUGUUCCUUAUCCUAUUGAUUUCACAGAAAAACUCCUGUUGCUGCAACAGGAUUUUGUCCUGUUUAUUUAUUUUUUUUCGUGUAUAUUAUUAAAAAAUAGUAUCUUAUACAUCAUGUGGAAUGGGUAUUAUACUCGAUGUCACUAGAUGUAUACUGAGAUGAUAAAAAAAAAAAAAAUUUUUUAUUUUUCCAAGCAGGCUCAAAAGUUUCUUUUGGGUGUAAAGAAAUUUCUGUGAAAAGAUGAGCCCUUAAUAUUAAUAUUAAGAUUGUCCGCAUCGCAUUUUUUUAAUUCCCAUAAGAAUGACAUGGAAAAAAUUUUUUUUACGUCUUCUGAUUUUUAUAAGUAGCUAACGAUGCAUCAUAGGAAUAAUUAGUGGGCAUAUU